UGCAUCUAAAGAGUGCCACUCUUUUCUUGUCUCAAACUAAUCUGCAUGUGUUAUCAGUCUCAUUAUGCAUGGAAAAUUACAUAAUACUCGAUAACUAUGAGCCUUAAAAGACAUUCUUUUGUCUUGUAAGUGUGUGUUUACUGAGUUUAUUUAUGCUUAUUUCUGCAUCUUUUUAUGCAUCUCUCUUUGUGAGAUGGUACUGAUUUCAUGCAUAGAGAGGUUUAUUAUAUACACCUGAAGCAGGCAUGUGCAUGAAAUUUUUAGCAUAAAUUUUAAAAUGAGAAUCUGAUAUGUAAAAAUAAAUGCCGUCUCAACAGUCAAUAGACACUAAGCACGGAAGUUGGUGUUUGCUUUAGAUCUGUAGGAAGGAUUGCCAGAGGUCAUGCUUUAUUCAUUCUUAACACCUUCAAUAGUUUCAUUGCUUUUGUAGAUCUAGCUAGUCCUGCUUUGUUGCUUAUAACUGACUUCUUUUUGCAAAAAUCAUUGUGCUACUUUAAUUCUUUUACUUUUACAUUUUAGUCUGGACAUGGUUUAUGAACUGCAGCUGAGUAGCAUACGACAUUGUUCUUCUUGCAGGCUGCUUUAAGAACUGCAACGCAAACUCAUGGUGGUAUACCCGAACAGAUUGCUUCUCUUCGGACAGAGGCUGAGAUUGCCAGAGAUGAAGCAACAUCUGCCUUAGAUAAGCUCCAUGAAGCGGAGUGUGAAAUCAAAUCUCUGCAAACAGUAACUCAAAGGAUGAUGCUGACUGAGGAAGAGAUGGAAGAGGUUGUUUUAAAGAGAUGCUGGCUUGCUCGUUAUUGGAGUUUAUGUGUGGAACAUGGUAUUCAGGCAGAGAUAGCUGGGGCAAAACAUGAAUAUUGGUCAUCAUUUGCUCCUCUUCCCGUUGAGAUAGUAUUAGCUGCUGGCAAAGAGCCAAAGAGGAGGAAUCUUCAUGUAAGAUUUCAUUUGAUAUGCAUGCUUUAAUUCAUCCACUUCCCCAUAUAUUCCAUCUGACCUUUGACAGGAUUUAAAUAAUAAAGAAGGGGAGCUGUUUAGGUGUAAAAGUGGAGUGACGCUGAAACCGAGAAAAAAAAGAAAAAAAAAUUAAA